AUGGAUCGCUUGCUGCUGCUGGCCUUGAUUCCACUUGCUCGGGGUGAGUAUUAAGUUAGCCAACCUAUGGCAGGUGGAAGGGGUUCAAUCCUUCAUCCUCGCUGAAUUUCAGCCGGGGAAAGUUCCCAACUUCUCAGCCCAUCUAUGCAACUGUGCCUUUGCCAGCAAUCUGAUCCGACCACAGCAAUGCUCAGUGUUCGUCUUGGUGCAGAGAGUGAUGCUAUCAACUACUGAAUUUCUCCAGAUCCAGCUGCCGUGAGAGGCGCACAGCUGCAGAGAAGGGCUGAAACGUUGGCAACCAGAGGCACCGUUUAUUUAUAUAUUUUUGUAUGCAGUUGAUGUGGCUUUUGGGGGCAGUGUGUGGCUUAUUUGUGUACGCAUAACUGUUUCCAUUUGCAUGUUUGUACGUGUGGUCACACUGCACACAUAUAUGUGCAAAACCACACUUAGGUUUGCUCAUUGGAUGUUGUUGUUUAGUUGUGUCCGACUCUUCGUGACCCCCUGGACCAGAGCACGCCAGGCACUCCUGUCUUCCACUGCCUCCUGCAGUUUGGUCAAACUCAUGCUGGUAGCUUCGAGAACACUGUCCAACCAUCUCGUCCUCUGUCAUCCCCUUCUCCUAGUGCCCUCAAUCUUUCCGAACAUCAGGGUCUUUUCCAGGGAGUCUUCUCUUCUCAUGAGGUGGCCAAAUCAUUGGAGCCUCAGCUUCAGGAUCUGUCCUUCCAGUGAGCACUCAGGGCUGAUUUCCUUCAGAAUGGAUAGGUUUGAUCUUCUUGCAGUCCAUGGGACUCUCAAGAGUCUCCUUCAGCACCAUAAUUCCAAAGCAUCAAUGCUUCAGCGAUCAGCCUUCUUUAUGGUCCAGCUUUCACUUCCAUACAUCACUACUGCUCACUGGAUAGGUAUAUGUAAAUGAAACUGGGAGGGGGACUUGUAGCCCCUUGGAUAUUAUGGACUGCAAUUCGCCGUCAUCUAUGACCACUGGCCAUGCUGGCUGAGGCUGAUGAGAGCUGGAGUCCAGCAACAUGCUCUGGAAUACCACAGGUUCUCCCUCCCUGAUGUAAAAAAAAAAAAAAGGAAUUGAGGAACUGCAAUUGUGGCAAAGGAGCUGUGAAUCAGGUUACUGUGUGUAACCAGUGACAGCUCCUGCUGUUUCAUAUCCUUUGAGCUACUAACAGCUGAACCCUGGGCCAUCUACCCUCAAGCCAUGUGCUCUAUCCCACAGCCGUGCUCUCUCCCUUUGUGUGAGUUUUCACGCAAAGCAGCAAAAGAAGCGGUUAGCCCAAGGGUAGGCAAACUAAGGCCCAGGGGCCGGAGCUGGCCCAUUCGCCUUCUAAAUCCGACCCGUGGACGGUCCGGGAAUUGGCAUGUUUUUACAUGAGUAGAAUGUGUGCUUUUAUUUAAAAUGCAUCUCUGGGUUAUUUGUGGGGCCUGCCUGGUGUUUUUACUUGAGUAGAAUGUGUGCUUUUAUUUAAAAUGCAUCUCUGGGUUAUUUGUGGGGCAUAGGAAUUCGUCCAUUAUUAUUAUUUUUCAAAAUAUAGUCCGGCCCCCCACAAGGUCUGAGGGACAGUGGACCGGCCUGGGCCCUGGCUUAGCCUGUUUCCAGGCUGCACUGCUUUAAACUACAGGUAGAGGCAACUGAUGUAACUAUAUGUUGCUCCGUACCAAUAAAACUAAAUAAAAAUCCCCGGAUGUAGAAAUCUAGCAUCUCAGGGAGAGAGACUGUGCUUGAAACUGUCCCCCUGGCAGGCUAGUUUUCUAAGUGCAGGACUAUUUUAAAAAUUCUGGAAGAGUAUUUGAUCAUGCUGAGCCUAAAAUGGCACAGCCCAGAAACAGAUUCACCAACAACUCUGUUGUUUAUGUGAAUUAAUCCCAUGGACUUGAACCAUCUCGUUGUUCUGUUUUUUCUCCUGGCCAGGUCUGUCUUGCAACCAGGUUCCCUGCAAGAAUGGAGGCAUCUGUGUGAGUCACACCAAUGGGACUUUCUCCUGCCUGUAAGUUUUCAGGAUUCACAAUAAGGAAAUAAAUAAAGUGUCUGGGAUAAAGGGGCAAGGAGUUGAAAUUAUCCCAAGAGAGAGUACAUUUUCCAGGACGAUGUUCCCUUUCUUAGAAUCGAACUAUGCGAAGGAUGACUCAGCCUUCGUUACUCUUUUAUCCCCCUCCCACCUGCCCUUCCUCUAAUUAUCCCAGGGUGAUGUAACACAGCAUUUCCUACGCCACCUCCUUUUGCCAUCAUGACAGCCCUGCGAUGUAGACUAGGCUGAGAAGCAGCCGCCGGCGUUUUGCUAGGUACUCAAAAGACUCCGAGCCCAAAACACCACCUAGAGUUUGCAUAGGGCGGUUUAUAGACACUGAAUGCAAAUUUAGGCUGGGUUUUGGAGCGGGCAGGAAGGAGUAAAUGAAAGCUGGCUCUUACUGCCAAACUCUGAGCUGUGCGGGUGCCAACAAGAUGUGCUGGGCUCAGAAGCCUGGACUGUACCCCUGGCUUCAUUCGAUUUCAUUUGAUGUCACUGCGACAUCAGGUGAUUGACAGGUGGGCGGCAGGCAGGAGGGUGGGGCUGCACUGGUUUUUGGGCUUCCCCAGUGGUGGAGUUCCUGUGGGUUACCAGGAAGGAGAGGGGCAAGGCAGUACUGAGGUCAGCGCAGUAUAAACUGGCAGAGCUAAUCUGGCACUUUUGAGAAUGUAUUUGCACCACACCAACUUUUCCUUUUCUCUCUUUACAACAACUUGAGCUCCUGGCAGUAGAAAACUAGCCUGCCAGGGGGACAGUUUCAAGCACAGUCUCUCUCCCUGAGAUGCUAGAUUUCUACAUCCGGGGAUUUUUAUUUAGUUUUAUUGGUACGGAGCAACAUAUAGUUACAUCAGUUGCCUCUACCUGUAGUUUAAAGCAGUGCAGCCUGGAAACAGGCUAAGCCAGGGCCCAGGCCGGUCCACUGUCCCUCAGACCUUGUGGGGGGCCGGACUAUAUUUUGAAAAAUAAUAAUAAUGGACGAAUUCCUAUGCCCCACAAAUAACCCAGAGAUGCAUUUUAAAUAAAAGCACACAUUCUACUCAAGUAAAAACACCAGGCAGGCCCCACAAAUAACCCAGAGAUGCAUUUUAAAUAAAAGCACACAUUCUACUCAUGUAAAAACACCAGGCAGCCCCCACAAAUAACCCAGAGAUGCAUUUUAAAUUAAAGGACACAUUCUCCUCAUGUAAAAACACCAGGCAGGCCCCACAAAUAACCCAGAGAUGCAUUUUAAAUAAAAGCACACAUUCUACUCAUGUAAAAACAUGCCGAUUCCCGGACCGUCCGCGGGUCGGAUUUAGAAGGCGAAUGGGCCGGAUCCGGCCCCUGGGCCUUAGUUUGCCUACCCUUGGGCUAACCGCUUCUUUUGCUGCUUUGCGUGAAAACUCACACAAAGGGAGAGAGCACGGCUGUGGGAUAGAGCACAUGGCUUGAGGGUAGAUGGCCCAGGGUUCAGCUGUUAGUAGCUCAAAGGAUAUGAAACAGCAGGAGCUGUCACUGGUUACACACAGUAACCUGAUUCACAGCUCCUUUGCCACAAUGCUUCUUGUGGGAGUCCCUACCAGCCUGUCAAACUUGCCCCAUAGGGAGUGGGGGAGAUAAAGAUGCUCCCCAAUGGACAGAGCCAGUUCUCCCUGCCGCCGCCAACACACCUCUAGUGCAAACGACCCAGGGCUCAGCCCCCACCACAAGAUAGUAAUUGGAUUCAAUAUCAUCCAGUGAGCUCCGAGCAGGUAUUCUGCACAGGCUCAGAGUCACUCAAGGUUUCAUGUUCCUUCCUGCCCCUCUGCCGGGGACUGAGCCCUGAUAUUGAAAGCAAGUCCUGAACCGACACUGAGCAUAUUAUGACCUCCAAGGUCCCUUUUUUGAACACAGUGGUACCUCGGGUUACAGACGCUUCAGGUUACAGACGCCGCUAACCCAGAAAUAGCACCUCAGGUUAAGAACUUUGCUUCAGGAUGAGAACAGAAAUUGUGCGGUGGCGGUAGCGGGAGGCCCCAUUAGCUAAAGUGGUACCUCAGGUUAAGAACAGUUUCAGGUUAAGAACGGAAUUGCAGAGCUUGCAGGGACCCUGAGAGUCAUCUAGUUCAACUUCCUGCAACGCAGGAAUCUCAACUGAAGCAUCCAUGACAGAUGGCCCCCCAAACUCAGCUUUAAAACCUCCAGUGAAGCAGAGUCCACCAGUUCUCCACCAGUUCUCCCUGAUGUUUAGUCAGAAUCCCCUUUCUUGGAGCUUGAAUCCAUUGGUUCAAGUCCUACCCUCCUGAGCAGGAGAAAUCAAGCUUCCUUGUGACAGGCCUUUAGAUAUUUAAAGAUGGCUAUCCUAUUUCUUCUCAGGGCUUGUCUAUACUUCAGCUUUUGCUGUGCCUAGAAAACUCAGCUCCAAGCACUUUUCCUUUUGCUUUCUCUUCCCAGAGCUACAGUUCCCAGAGUGGUUGGUUGGUUAUUGAUUGACUGAUUGAUUGAUUGGUUUUCACAUAUUACAUUACAAAUUUACCAAAGCCAACACUAUUUCCUCCCCAUCCCCCCCAUACAUUUACAUUUAUAUCUCCUCAAUCCAUCAUAUUAUUCUUUUCUCCCUCCUCCCGCUUCCCUCCACCCCCACUCGAUUUCCUCCACGUUAUACAAUUUACAAUAAUCUUUGCAUUCUACAGUCUUCUCAAAUCAUCUAUAUAUUCUUAUUAUCUUUCCUUACUAAUUUUUCUUCCAUCCAGAGUGGUUUAACGGUCAUCUCCUCUGGGAAUUGAAGGGAAUAGUGGUCUCCUAAAAACUCUCAGCACCCAUAACAAAUGACUGUCUGGCAACUAGGUUUAUAGCUCGGACUCAGGCUACACUAGAGCUUUUUGUGCUUUAGGGAAGUUUAUCCUUUCUCUAACUUUUCUUCUUCUUCUUCUUGCCUUGCCAGGUGCCUCGCCGGCUACGUGGGAGAGACUUGCCAAUUUGUGGACCCCUGCACACCUGGGCGCUGCCAGAACAGGGGCACCUGCUCCCUCACAGCCCUUCUUCCCCCAAACGCCCCGGCCUACACGUGCCUGUGCCCUCCAGGUUUCACUGGGGAGGAAUGCCAGGGAGUGGUUGGAGACCCCUGCUUCCCUUCCCCCUGCCAACAUGGGGGGACGUGCCACUGGCUCUCCGGGAAAGAGUAUCGAUGCCAGUGCUUGCCAGGGUGGACAGGUAUGGCAAAGGAAGACACAUACACACACACACACUUGUGGCUUCUGUUUGGGAAAUCAACUCAGGGUAGGCCCACUGCAAUCAACAGACAUGAUUAGCUUAGGUGCAUUAAUUCCAAUGCUCUUGAGUAGAAUUUAGCUUGGUGCAACUCACAGUCCAGGAUGCGCUAUAAGGGCGAACGUAUCCAUUUCGGUUACUCUCAUUUUAUCAUUUCUCCAGUCUUAAAUUCAGCUACCCACAAUUCCACAUCAGCUUGCGAUUCUUUCUUUCUUUUUAAGUUCCUCCUAAAAGUUCAUUAGUAUUUUAAGCGCUGAUUUCUCUUAGCUUGUGCAUUUUUGUACACAAUUUCCCCCCAAAAUACCAUCAAACCUCUGCUCCCGAACACGGAAAACCCAGAAGUAACUGCUCCAGUUUUCAAAUGAUUUUCGGAAGCCAAACAGCUUCCAGGGAGUUUUUUUUCUUUUUUCUCCAUUGACUUUGCCGAUCAUCCUCUGAUUCUUGGUUGACAAACAGAUUCGACAACAGAGGUUUGACUGUACGUAAUUUUGCAAGGUGGUUCUGCCUUUUCGCAGGUUGUUUUCACUAAUAGAUGCAUGUUGAAGUACAUGCAUUCUUGUACUUUGACCCAACUGUAUAUGCAUCCUUGUACACGCUACUAGGAUGGAGAAUGGCAUUGUAAAAUGUAGGCAAGUGGGAAUUUCAAAGGAUGGCCAUAUCUCAGUUUUGGGAACGUAUUGUCACAGUGUUUAAAGGGAUUUUUCCCAGCCCUCCCUGGAGAUUAAACCUGAGACAAAGCAUUAAGCUGUGGCUCUUCUCCCAGAAGAAAAGCACAGUAGGAAGGACGGACAUAAUUAUGUAGCAUAGGACUAUCAUAAUAAGAUGGUUAAUGAUAGCAUGAAGAGAGACUCCAUAUUCAGAGUUAGUCUAUCAUGGAACGCCAGUUGCUGCAUGGGCCAGGGAGGACUAUUGCCCUGCUUCUGAGAGUUAGCAAAGUCACUUAAAUAAGACAGACGGAGUCCAGAGAGAAAAGAAAUCCUAAAAGAAACAGUGUAUAAUCUGAGGAGAAAGGAACCAAGAGGUUUUGUUAUCUUUAAUUCAGGCCUUGCACAUCACAGGGAGACAUUCAACCAAACAUACAGAGGAAAACUCCUAUAGAACUACACAGCCAAUCAAAGCACACCUUACUUCGGGGAAGGUCAUGCCACUUUGCCUGGCAGCUAAGCAGCACCUUCACCCUAUGCCUACAUGGGCACUGGCUGGGGGUGGGAGUGGGGCGUGCCAACCUUCUCCACCCAGCGCAGCAGCUUGGGGGUUACCACUUCCUUCGCGCCUUCCGCUCUUAGCCUGUUGAAUGUAACAAAGAACAGAGUUAACCCUUUAGCUGCACAAAGUAUGAUCUCUGCUGCGGCACUUCUGACGCCGUGCUUCCUUUGAAAGCCAUCUGGGUGACUACUGUCGGAAACAGGAUGCUGAAUUGCAUUGACCUUUAACCUUACAUUCUUGUGAGAGCCAGAGGGGAGGAAAAAGCUGGGAAAGAAGGUUGGCUUAUGCGUUUGGCUUUGCUUCCAGGGAAGAACUGCCAGCUGAUGGACUUCUGCCCGGCAAAUCCCUGCGCCAACGGCGGGACUUGUGUCAUCACCUACCCGGUCAUCGUUUGCCAGUGCCGGCCAGGCUUUGAAGGGCACACCUGCCAGCACGAUGUCAACGAGUGCUUUGGGGACCCUCACCCCUGCCUCAACGGAGGCAGCUGUAUUAAUAACAUUGGCUCGUUCCGCUGCGUUUGCCCACCCAGUUCUACGGGUCCGCUCUGCCAGUACCGUCUGGGACCCUGUUCCCCAGAGAUCUGCCUCCAUGGCAGCACCUGCCACCCUGUUGAUGAAAGAUACCAUGGCUGCCUGUGUCCCCCAGGUAAGAAACAGGCGAGGUUGAUAAACCCGAUCCGUGGAUUCUGUCUGGAUUUGGAGUAGAAGGAUCUCUAAAUUUCAGUGCUCAUUUGUCCAAGCUUUGAUUCAAUUCUCCAUGUUUUUGCAGCAAUUUAGAGGGUUGUUUUUUUUAAGAAAUGCACGUGGAAAUUCAUUAUUGUGAAUUGCACUCAACUCUGCAAGCGGUUUUACCCUAAAGUAAUGUGUUUUGUGUGUGCUGUUUUCACCAAUAUGUUCAUUUUUACUCACGCUCUCCCCUAAUGUUGGGGGACAGAAUGCGAAGUAUGAAGCAGCAAUAAUAAUAAUUUAUUAUUUGUACCCCACCCAUCUGACUGGGUUGCCCCAGGCACUCUGGGCAGCUACCAGCAUAUAUACUAUUGGCUUUAAAGUCUACCCAGGGGCAGAGGAAGAGGGGUGCAGCGGGUGCGGGAAGCCCCGGGUGGUGGUGGUGGUGUUGUUGUUAUUAAAUGGAAAACCCCCUAAGCAUGGGCUUAUUUUGCGUAAUGGUUCGUGCGGCCCUGCAGGUAACCAUGGUUACCAUCUAAGAUGGCCGCCAAGAGCAAAUGGUGGCCGUAGGCCUGCUUCCGCACAAGUACCUGAGGAGGGCCCUGUUGCAUCAGAACCAAGGCCUGUCCACCUUCCCAGCGAAUCCUCCAUGAAUUUGUUUUCUCCCCCCUCUAGGCUACACAGGUCAAUACUGCGAGGUGAACCCAGACGACUGCAUUGGGCAUCAGUGCCGCAACGGGGGAACCUGCCAGGAUGGGGUGGCAUCAUAUACUUGCCACUGCCUGCCGGGUUGGACAGGUGAGGUACCAGCAUGUUCCCACCACUAUCUUUGGCAGCUUUUCAAGGUUUCAAGGCAGGGGACAUUCCCAGCCCUCCCUGGAGAUGUCGGGAAUUGAGCCUGGGACUGUCUGCAUGCAACACAUAUGUUCUACCCAAGCUGUGGUCCUCCCCACAUUAAAAACCAACCAACCAACCAACCAACCAUAGGUUGCCUUAUACCAAGUCAGUCUUCCAGCCCCAUACUGUCUACACUGACUGGCAGUAGCUCUCCAGGAUUUCAGAAAAGGAACAUUCCACCCCACCCCAAGAUAAUAGCAAUUGAACCUUCUGUGUUCAAAGAUUGGCCCUUUCCCUCACCCUGAGGAAAAGUCGCAGUGCUCAAAUGGUUUUGUAAAAUGCUUUGAGGGGUUUUCUUUCUUGCACUGUAUCAGUUUUAUGAAAUAAUUGUUUAUGAAGUAAGGGGAGGGAGCAGUGGUAUUGUGUGAUGGGUUCUGAACUGACCAAGGAUAGAUCUCAGGGGAGCAGAUGAAUGCUCAUGGGACACACAGUCUUGGUGAGUUGGCGGCAACAUCAAAGGGGGGGGGGGAGCAAAUGCCAUGUUAGGAAAGGGAUCAGAAAUAAAACAGAUAGCAUCAUAAUCUCAUUAAAAAGCUACCGAUCCUGCCCCGCCAGCCUCUUAACGGGUAAACAAGGAAACCAGGAAGCUCCCAGCUUCCUGAAUUAGGCGUAAAAGGAGCUGUCUGGCUAUCAAAGGAAAGCGACUUGCUUAAUGGUCGCCUGAGAAGCAGAAUCCGCAGAGACACCCUGUGAUGGGUUGGCGAGAGCCUUCUGAGCUGAGAAACAGCAAGCACACGUGGUUUAGCAUUAAGUAGGGAUGUUCCCCAGCCACACUGACCUCUCACUUCCCUGACAGCAGUUGCACUCUUUGUCAACAUCCUGUUGCUGACGCUGUUGAGAAUGUUGUUUGCAAACUUCAGGACCCUAGGGCAGCCCAAACAUCCACAGAAGCCGCUGUGUGCUGACUGCAUCAGACCACUGGUGUCUCUGUUAUCUGACCAGCUGAAGCACCACAAGCUAGCGAUGCAAGAACUGAGCCUGGGGUCUUGUGCAUGUGCUGCACCACUGAGCUAUGAGCCCUACCAUAGUUUGUUGUCACCUUCAUAGGAAGGAAGGUGACAAGCAGAUGACCGGCUCCUUAUCUGAUGGGUGGUAUUCAAUUAAACUUUAAUCAGAGUAAACCCCCGACUUUGGGGUUUCGGCGCUCAUCUCGCUUUACUGGCCGAGGGAGCCGGCAUACAGUUUUCGGGUCAUGUGGCCAGCAUGACUAAGCCGGUUCUGGCGAACCAGAUCAGCACACAGAAACGCCAUUUACCUUCCCACCAGAGCGGUACCUAUUUAUCUACUUGCACUUUGACGUGCUUUCGAACUGCUAGGUUGGCAGGAGCAGGGACUGAGCAACAGAAGCUCAUCCCGUGGCGGGGAUUCGAACUGCUGACCUUCUGAUCGGCAAGUCCUAGGCGCUGUGGUUUAACCCACAGCGACACCCAUGUCCCUUUAAUCAGAGUAGACCCCCUGAAAUAAAUGUGCACGGCAAAGUUAGUUCUGCUAAGUUCAGCGGGUCUACUCUGAGUAAGACUUAAUUGACUCUGACCUAUUGUAUGCAGUUUGAGCUCCCUCCACCCCUUUCAGAAUCCGGACUGUUUAUGAACAUUCUGUGAAAUCACCACAGUGCUGUCAACACUGACAGAGGGAACCAAUAUGACCUGGAAACCAAGGCCUAUGAGGAACAGAUGGGGGAACUGGGUGUGUUUAGCCUGGGAAAGAGAAGACUGAGAGGAAAUAUGAUAGCCGUCUUCAAAUAUGUCACAUCGAAGAUGGAGCUGUUUUUUCCUGCUCCAAAGGGUAGGAUAAAAACAAAGGCUUCAACUCCAAGAAAAGAGAUUCUGACUAAACAUCAGGAAGAACUUUCUGACGCUAAGAGCUGUUCCACAGUGGAUCCAUCUCCCUCAGAAGUGGGUGGACUCCCCUUUCUUGGAGGUUUUUAAGCAGAGGUUGGACAGCCAUUUAGCUGACAUUCCUGUUUUGCAGGGGGUUGGACUAGAGGCAGUGAGAGAUUUUACUUUCCUGGGUUCCAUGAUCACUGCAGAUGGUGACAGCAGUCACAAAAUUAAAAGACGCUUGCUUCUUGGGAGAAAAGCAAGGACAAACCUAGACAGCAUCCUAAAAAGCAGAGACAUCACCUUGCCGAAAAAGGUCCGUAUAGUUAAAGCUAUGGUUUUCCCAGUAAUGAUGUAUGGAAGUGAGAGCUGGACCAUAAAGAAGGCUGAUCGCCGAAGAAUUGAUGCUUUGGAAUUAUGGUGCAGGAGGAGACUCUUGAGAGUCCCAUGGACUGCAAGAAGAUCAAACGUAUCCAUUCUUAAGGAAAUCAGCCCUGAGUGCUCACUGGAAGGACACAUCGUGAAGCUGAGGCUCCAAUACUUUGGCCACCUCAUGAGAAGAGAAGACUCCCUGGAAAAGACCCUGAUGUUGGGAAAGAUGGAGGGCACUAGGAGAAGGGGACGACAGAGGACGAAAUGGUUGGACUGUGUUCUCGAAGCUACGAACAUGUGUUUGACCAAACUGCGGGAGGCAGUGAAAGACAGGAGUGCCUGGCGUGCCCUGGUCCAGGGGGUCACGAAGAGUCGGACACGACUAAAUGACUAAACGACAACAACAGGACUAGAGGACCUUCGAGGUCCCUUCCAACACUUUGAUUCUAUGAAAUGCUGUAGGCUGGGGUUACCAUAGGGAGGCAUGCAGGGCUGGCGUUAGUUUGAGGGCGUGCCAGCUUCCAUCAAGGGCUGUUCUGAUAACCGCCUAUAUCUCCUCCCACAGGGCUCCUUUGCCACCUGCAUGAUGCCUGUCUGAGCAACCCAUGCCACCCCGAUGCGUUCUGUGACACUGACCUCCGGACCGGCAAUGCCGUCUGCACCUGCCAGCCAGGCUACGCUGGGCCCACGUGCUACGAAGACAUCAACGAGUGCCUGAUGGGUAAAGUGGGUGGCGUAGGUUGGGGUAGAGAAAAAUAUGCCCAUGAUCAGAAGUAGAACCUGAUUGGGAACGAAUGCUGAAUAAGAGGACCGUCCGGAAGCACUCUGUGUGAGCAGAUGGCCACGUCCCCUUCCCUGCGUCUGUGUCAGGGUCAGAGUCAGGCACAGGUCAGCAAUGAAACAAUAAAUCACCCGAGGCCAGUGAAACAAAGAAAACAAACCGCAAGCUCUGGCCUGGUGAUCUCAGUAGCUGUCCUGGAGGUCUUGCCUCAAGGAGACAGAUAGUUGUGAGCACCUCUGCUCUCUAAGACUUCUUCCCUAGCAGCCUAAGGCAGCGGUUCUCAACCUGUGGGUCCCCAGAUGUUGUUGGACUACAACUCCCAUCAUCCCUGAGCUCUGGCCUUGCUAGCUAGGGGUGAUGGAAGUUGUAGUUCAACAACAUCUGGGGACCCACAGGUUGAAAAAGGCUGGCCUAAGGUUUCUCCUUCUUGCCUCUUGUAGCUCCGCCCUCUUCAUUUCUCUGCAUGUUCUGGGAGACCAGGAAGAGGGGAGUUGGUUGCAGCAGGAGGGAGAUUCCCCAUCUUCUUCCACAACCGGCCUUCACUCAGCCUCUUGACCUCACCCCAUCCCUUCCAGCCUUGGAGUCUGAACUGCUGUCUGCCACAGCCUCUUCCUGCUCACUAAACCCUGUUGCCCCUCCUGCUCCUCACAGUCUGCUCCUUCUCCCUCUCACCACUCAUCGUCGUCCCACCACCAAUCCCCUGGCUCUGAGCCUUCUUCUCUAGGGCUGGCUGGUGCCUUCCACCAGCGUCCUCUACAUCCAGUCAGUCUGUGACGGUCUGUUCCUCUCGGCCUGUCCAGGUGCAGAGCCCUGUGAACACGGAGGAAGCUGCCACAACACACCCGGAUCUUUUACCUGCCGCUGCCCCGAGGGCUACACGGGCUCUCGCUGUGAAGCGAACCUCAACGAGUGCCUCAGCCAGCCGUGCCACAACGGAGCCUCUUGCCUGGAUUUGCUGGGACGCUUCCAAUGCCUCUGCCCCUCGGGUAAGGAGCAGGGCUGGGAAGAGAAAAGGUGGUAUAGCAGUCGGGCUGUCGAGAGUCGAGUCAGGGAGUCCUGGGUUCAAAUCCUGAAACUCAGCCCUCCAGUUUCUUUGGGUUUCCCCUUGGGCCAGUCACGUAAGAGCAUAAGCAGAGCCUGUGGCGCUUCUAGCCCAGCAUCCUGUUCCCACAGUGGCUGAACCAGUGGGAAACCAGCAAGCAGGAUUUGAGCACAGGAGUCCUCUCCCCUCUUGUGGUUUCGCCCAUCCCUGCCUCCAGUGAGAGCAAGUUCCGUACAGUGGUACCUCUGGAUGUGAACAGGAUCUGUUCCAGAGCCCCGUUCGCAUCCUGAAGUGAACGCAACCCGCGUCUGCACGUGCGUGGAUUGCGAUUCGCCGCUUCUGCUCAUGCACGAGUGGCAAAACCCGGAAGUAACGCGUUCCAUUACUUCCGGGUCGCCGCAGAGCACAACCCGAAAAUGCUCAACCCGAAGCUACUUCAUCCUGAGUAUGACUGUAAUUUAAUUAGGCACUUUCUUUUAUCCAUCAUCACCAUCUCCUUCAGCCAAGUGUCCUUCAAUAUAUUGCCCCCAGAUGUUGCUGGACUACAACUCCCAUCAUCCCCAGCCAGCAUGGCUGACGGUCAAGGAUAAAGGGAGUCGCUGACCAAAACAGUGCUUUUCAUCCUUGGGUCCUCAGGUGUUGUUGGACUACAACAUCCAUCAUCCCCAGCCAAUUUAGCUUUUGGGGCUCCACAGGUCAGACUGUCCUGAUCAGAUCAGCCUCGCAGGCUAAGUUUGGCAGGUGGGUCAUGCUGCCCACCUCUCAGUCACCUGAUGUCACAAUGAGCUCAGGUGCAAGGUGCUUUGAAGUCCCAUAGUCGGGACUUCAAAGCACCUUACAAGGCAUUGCUUUUUUAAAAAUAGGUUUGGUUCCCCAUCCUGGUUUUAGCAGGGGUUUGUGUGGAAUCCCCUACUAAAAUGGAGUAAAAAAAACCCAAAACACAUUUGUUUUAGCAUGCACACCCCUGCCCGAUUCAGGAUGUGGUUUGCAUGAAUUCCUGCUGAACUGGGCAGGAUUUAACAGCCCCACCAGCCCCCACUCUUCAGUUAGCAAGUGCGGGAAGUGCCUUAAACCUUCCUGCUUUGACUUUCCCGACUGGGAAGAGGCAUGCAUAGCCAACGGGUUUUUUAACUCCUUACUACUUCCUACCGGCUGGUGUCACGGGAAAACAACCUCGUGGGCCAACUUGAACCCUCUUGCUAAGCCAAGACUGGAUGCGGGCUGGAGAUUGCCCACCCCUGCUCUGACCAGUGUACUACACUGCCUUCUUACCCCUAAUAAUAUCUUUCUUCUGUUGAUUCCUCUCCAAUGUAGGCUUCAGUGGGCCAUUGUGUGAAGUGGGACAAUGCUCCCGAGAUAGCUGCUUCAACGGAGGAACCUGCCUGCAACAGAGCCAUGGAGUUGCCUGCCAGUGUCCUCUUGGUAAGUGAGGAACGCAAAAAGAGGAGUCAGAGAUCUCAAGCCAGGAGGGGAUUUCUGAAGUGGCUGGUUCUUCCUCCUUCCCAUUCAACUGCUUGCUCCUAGUAUAGUGGUACCUCGGGUUAAGUACUUAAUUCGUUCCGGAGGUCCGUUCUUAACCUGAAACUGUUCUUAACCUGAAGCACCACUUUAGCUAAUGGGGCCCUCCUGCUGCCGCUGUGCUGCCAGAGCACGACUUCUGUUCUCAUCCUGAGGUAAAGUUCUUAACCCGAGGUACUAUUUCUGGGUUAGCGGAGUCUGUAACCUGAAACGUAUGUGUCAGGGGUUCAGGGACAGAGGCACAGGGUAGGCAGGAGAUGGAGAGCGAUGGGGAUGAAUCCCAGGACAGCGAGGAAGAGGAUGACAAUGACUCAAGAGAUUCCAUGAGUCUUUCCAGCGAAUCAGAGGAUUCCCAGAAGGGGCGCCGGUGGUCAAGGCCAGGGGAGCCCCAGGGGGGAAGUGUCAGGAGCAGGGGGCCAGCGGAGGAUCCCAAAGUGGCAGCUGGGCGUCAGGACCAGCCUCCCCGCCAGAGUGCAGCGAAGGGGGUGGAGGUUUCAGUGUAUCAGGGGAAGCGGCUCCGGCAGCAGAGAAAGGAGGGAGGUCGGAGCAAGCCACCCUCCCGGAGGGGAGGGGAGUAGUGAAGGGAGUAGUGUAGCUGUUAAAAGGAAGGUUAGAGGCUGGGCGCGCGCGCCAAGUUCAAAUGUAGAGGCGCGCGGAAGUACAGGGAGCCCGGAGGAGGGGCCAGGUCCCAAAGCCCGCAGGAGGGGGCAAGAGCAGCCUGAUUCCGCGUCAGAGGAAUCCAGGAGGGGCGAAACCCCAGCGGGCAGAAAGACCCUGCGGAAAAGGAAAGAGAGAAAGAGGUGGAGCAGCGCAAGCCUCUUAAACUGGUGCAGGGGAGGGACGGAUUCAGAGGGGACUUCAGCGGUCUAAGCCUAGCAGACGUAGGGCUGCGCGCCUCGGAUGUGAAGCAAACAAUGAACUGCAAUAAACACUUUUGUAUAUAAGAAGAGAUAGGCGUUGGUCUUUUGUGAGCUGAGACUUGAGGCAGCCUUGACAGUAUGUAAUCUGAAGCGUAUGUAACCCGAGGUACCACUGUAAUGUAUUCAUCCCCAUCUAGGGUGAGUCAAUCUUUCCAUUUCUCUCCAUUUCUUCUUUUUUCAUUCUUCUGUUUCAGCCUCCACGUUUCUGCAUUUGUCAUAUUUAGUUCAAAAGUCUUUCACCUGCGCCUGAAAGGAGUUCCCACAAUCGCUAUGUGAACUCAACAUUAAUUAAAUUAAAUUGUGGGUAAAGCUUUGAACAGAUUCUAGUUCAUCUUCAAGAUCAUUCUCCUAAAUGUGUCCGUGUGUUUAAACUCUUUAGACUCUUCGGACCUUUAAGCUUAAAUAUUGUCAUUGGUGGAGGGAAUGUAUUUUAAAAAUGCACAUUCCCACGUGUAUGUGUUUUGAUGCUCUCUCGGCAUUCUUAAGUGUAUUUUGUACAUGGAACAGCAUUUCCUGGUUAUUGCUUUUCUGGUUGGUAUGCACUGGCCUUUGACCCUUUGCCCUGCUCUUAUUAGGUUUUGAGGGACCCCGGUGUAAGAUGGAGGUGGACAGCUGUGCCAGUUCCCCCUGCAAGAAUGGGGGCCAGUGCCAGAACUCUGCAGGGAUUUUCCAUUGCUCCUGCCCUCAAGGUAACUGUCUGUGUGUGUGUGUGUGAGAGAGAGAGAGAGAGAGAGAGAGAGAGGGCUCAUCCACACUUGUUCUGUGCCUAAAAAGCACAAGUGAGCUGUUUUCCGCUUGCCCCAUGAUCUAGAUACAUGCCCAAGCGGUUUUACCCCACCGUUUCCCCCCAGAAAACCCACUCUUUAGCGAUAGAUCAGAGCAAACAUCAAUCUGUGGAAAAUCUGACUGCUGUUUGCUCCAAUCUAGGGGUAAACUGUGGGUUUUCCCAGGGGAAUCUGGUGUAGCGUACGGAAGUGUGAUGAGCCCAGAUUGAGAGAGAACGGUGGUGUUUAACUGGUAGAAUAUGAAAUCAGGAAGAAUAAGUCCUUAAGAUGGAAAAAAAUGUAGAAUAUUUCAUAGGAUCAUAGAAUCACAGAAUCGUACAGUUGGAAGAGACUCUGAGGGCUAUCUAGUCCAACGCUCUGCAAUGCAGGAAUUCAAAAAAUUAUUGUAAGCAAAUCAAAACGCUAGCAGGAUUAGCAGUUUAAAAUAAACUGAGGGGGCGGGGAAUGGAAAAGAACAAUUAGAAUAUGCAGCAGCAAAGGAAAACUGAAACGUUCCAUGGGGGGGGCAUUGGUGUCUAAUGGACGGUUUGUAUUUUGAUAAAUAAAAAUGUGCGAAUUUUGUAAAAUUGGAAAAUGAUACAUCUUAUUGAAAGAGAAUAGAGAGAGAAAGAGAGAGAAGGGUGGUAGGGAGGAAACAAGACCCCAAAGAAAGCGCUUUCUUCGAGGGGAAAUCACGCCAAAAUGGCCGCCGUUCUCUCACGGUAAAAAAAUGGGAUGUCCCAGUUUGGCCAGGACACUUGCCAGGUAUGCCAGUUGCCUACUGCAGCUCCAAGUGUUGGACCUGGUGUUUGUGUUGUUGUUUUUUAAUUGAGGUCUCAAGGCAGGAAUUAGCACUGACUGCGCUGAGACUGUUGGGGCCUGGCAGCUGACCCAAUUUGCCCAACGAUGAAGUCACGUGACCUGUAGCAAGCACACUAUAAGCUUCUGUUUGUUCGGGGGGGGCGUUGUACCUCAGAGCCCUCUGACUUGCAUGACAUCACAUGAGGGCAGAGUGGAAUUGUGGGUAAGAGAGAGAGAGCAGGGAACGUGUGGCUCGAGGCCAAUGAUGGUGUUGAGGUUCCCCCUUCUUGCAGGUUUCGAGGGACACCAGUGCGAGAGAGAUGCAGACCUCUGCCGCGCUGCCCACUGCGGCCAUGGAACCUGCUUGAACACACCGGGCUCCUUUACCUGCGUUUGCUCUUUGGGCUUCACGGGACCCCACUGCACAGAGCUCAGCGACCCCUGCCAGAACUGGCAGUGCCUCAAUGGGGGCAGCUGCCAAGGGGCAGAAUUUGGGUAUGGACGGGGAAGCAGGGGGAAGGCUGCAUGUCAGCCAUGAUUCCCAGAUGUUGUCUACGCUAACUCAGCACUGGUUUUAAGCCCUGUUCCCAAGGCUUUGUUUUGAAACAGGGCUACUCAGGAGAAUGAAUUUCAGAUUUCUACACACAUGCACACACCCAAAAACAUGCAAGCCUUCUCUCUUUUAGGGAUCUUCUCUCUUAGAUUUGAAAUUGAUUACACUUGAGAUAUGGGUCACUCAAUUUCACGACUCUGUAUUGCCCUAUGGCAUCCUUCCCUAACUUGGUGCCCUCCCAGUGUUUUGGACUGGAACUCUUUAUUACCCCCAGGAGAGGAUUUUGUCUUAGGAAUGGAAUUGACUGGACCAGAAAGUGCUUGGGAUCUGGCCUAAACAAUUUCAGUGCUCUAUUAACCUGUUGUGGGCUAGGGUAUCCUUCUCCCGACCUUCUCUCCCAGUUAUUUCGGCCUGUGGUUCUCGCCCCACACUCCAGCCAGCGUGGGCUGCGCUGUCUGGACCUGAUGGGAACGGCACAAGCCAAAACCUCUGACAGGCACCAGAUUAGGGAAGGCCAGACCAGGAGAAGCUCUCGUUUUCUUCUUCCUCCCGCCCCACCCAUUUAUUAUUAUCAUUUAUUAAAUAAGUAUCCCGCCCUUCAUCUCAGGGCAGUUCUCAAGAUAAAUUUACAGUAUAGAAAACACAAAGUACAGAAUAAAAAUAAGAACAAAAGCAAACCAAUAACCCCCCUCCCACAACACAUUUAAAAGAGCAUAGAAUGUCAAUCAGCCCACGGCCUGGUUUAAGAGGAAUGUCUUCACCUGGCGCCUAAAGCCAUAUAAUGAAGACACCGGGAGAAGCUCCCUGGGGGGGAGAGAGAGCAUUCCAUGAACAUGGAGCCGCCACAGAAAAGGCCCUGUUCUCAUGUUGCCGCCCUCCAGACCUCUCAUGGAGGAGGCACACAACGAAGGGACUCUGAGGAUGGUCGCAGGGUCCGAGCCGGUCUGUAUGGAGAGAGGCAGUCCUUGAGGUAUUGUGGUCCUGAGCCGUUUCAGUUCCCACUGCUCCUCCAUGAGCACUAGCAUUCCCAACCAUUGCUAUAUUCUGCAAAUUCUGAUUGCAGAGAUGAAGUUCAGUUGGAGUUCUUGCGCGACAAACCCAUUACCUCACAAGCACCACUACUGGACUUUUUUGUGAUAAGGAAAGUGAUUAUAUAUUAUUAUUAUUAUUAUUAUUUACACCCCACCCUUCUGGCUGGGUUUCCCCAACCACUCUGGGCAGCUCCCAACAAAAUAUUAAAAAUACAUUAAAACAUCAGUCAUUAAAACUUCCCUAAACAGGGCUGCCUUCAGAUGUCUUCUAAAAGUCAGAUAGUUGUUUAUUUCCUUGACAUCUGAUGGGAGGGCGUUCCACAGGGCAGGCGCCACUACCGAGAAGGCCCUCUGCCUGGUUCCCUGUAACCUCACUUCUUGCAGUGAGGGAACCGCCAGAAGGCCCUCGGCGCUGGACCUCAGUGUCCAGGCUGAAUGAUGGGGGUGGAGAUGCUCCUUCAGGUAUACUGAGCCGAGGCCGUUUUGAUGGGGAAGAUGCAACCAGAAAGGUUGAAAAGGUUAACAGGGCAUCUCUCCGUCUCCCUGCAGGCCACACUGUCUCUGCCUCCCAGGCUGGACAGGACGGGAUUGUGGCAUGGAGGUAGACGCCUGUGCUUCCAGCCCCUGCCACCAGGGGGCCACGUGCCUGAGUCGCCAAGGGGUCUUCAGCUGUAUCUGCCCCAGCGGUUACGUAGGUAACACGUCCCUCAACCCUGAAUCCCAGCCGGGAUGAUUACAGAUGAUUCCCCAUAACCCUGGCCCAUCCUCUCGCCUCGUCCCAGCCCUCCACGACUCCCGCCAUCUCUCUGCUCCCUUCCCAACCCCUCCCAGGUUCGACGUGCGAAAUAGAUGUGGAUGAAUGCACUUCCAGCCCCUGCCUCAACUCUGGAUCCUGCCUUAACAGCCCUGGGACUUUCCGCUGCCUUUGCCCUGAAGGUUACACAGGACUUAAGUGCCAGGAGACUUUGGACUUCUGCUCCCCCAGUGAGUAUAUAGAGGUUCAUCAGCAGUACGGUGGUACCUCGGGUUAAGUACUUAAUUCAUUCUGGAGGUCCGUUCUUAACCUGAAACUGUUCUUAACCUGAGGUACCACUUUAGCUAAUGGGGCCUCCCGCUGCCGCCGCACGAUUUCUGUUCUCAUCCUGAGGUAAAGUUCUUAACCCGAGGUACUAGUUCUGGGUUAGCGGAGUCUGUAACCUGAAGCGUCUGAAACCACACCUGCAGCGGUCCUCCCUCUCUAUUUCUCUUCACCCACCGCAACAGAUCCCUGCAGAAACGGAGGCCGGUGUGUAACAAAGGAAUCUGUCCCCUAUUGCAUCUGCCCCCCAGGCUGGGGUGGCUCGCAGUGCCAGCAGAGGGCAAGCCGGAAUGGUGACAAUUGUACUGAUCAAGCUGGAGAUCACGGCUGUCAGGUGAGCAACUGCCUUCUGGGUUUGAAGAACUCCCCAACAGGAGUGCUAGCAAAGGUCGCUUCCAGACAACCUGCUUAUUCAGCAUCCAUCCCAAUCUGCUUCCACAAAGUUUGUAGGGAGGCUCAGUGAUGUCAGCUGCUUAUUGAGCAUUUGUUCUGAUUUGUUUGUGGGGAGGUUAGACGAGCUUGCUUCCAUCCAGUGUUUUCCCAUCUUCUGCCAUGCAUUUGCCCAUCACUUCUGUUGAGCACAUAAGAUGAUGCCCAUCACAGUCUAGCCUCCUGUUCUUGCAGGAACUAUAGCUUGCAACUCUGUGAGGGGUAAACUACAGUUUCCAAUGUUCUUCAGUUGGUGGGGAUGGGGAAGUGCUUUAAAACUAAGCCAUGUAAACAGCCCAAAUGCAGGAAACCUGCUUCCCCACCCAAACCCUGAAAUCAGACUGUUUGCAGUAAGUGAUGGGAAGAUGCACUGGGAAAUGCUUGAUAACAUUUGCUUGACAUGACGCCAUCUAACUUCCCUUCAAACCAAUCAGAACGAAUGCUCCAAAACCAACUGAGAUAGUCUAACUUCCCUGUGAAGUUUGUGUCAACAAAUCGGGGUGAGCGCUCAAUAAGCAGUGGUGUGGAAAUGGAGGUAGAAGAAGAGUUUGGAUUUGAUAUCCCGCUUUAUCACUACCUGAAGGAGUUUCAAAGUGGCUAACAAUCUCCUUUGCCUUCCUCUCCCAAAACAAACACUCUAUGAGGUGAGUGGGGCUGAGAGACUCCAGAGAAGUGUGACUAGCCCAAGGUCACCCAGCAGCUGCAUGUGGAGGAGCGGGGAAGCGAACCUAGUUCACCAGAUUAUGAGUCUACCGCUCUUAACCACUACACUACACUGGAGGGGAGGAAAUGUUCUUUGCGGCUUUUCCUGCUUCAAAUAUAGUUGUCAUGAAUUGCCUCGGGAUCUUUCCAAUUGCAGUGCCUACCGAAGAAGUGUCUGAAUGGGGGAACCUGUACCAGGACACAAGAUGGGUUCCGCUGCUUGUGCCCUCCGGGGACCAAAGGUAAGUGGGAGCAGAGUUUAACCUUGGGCAGAAAAAGUACACAAGACCAGUGGAAGCUGGUGCCCAUUGGGACUUAGAGAAUCAUAGAUCUGUAAAGUUGGACCCCAAAGGUCGUCUAGUCCAACUGCCUGCAAUGCAGGAAUCUUAGCUAAAGCACCCAUGACAGGGCCAUCCAACCUCCGCUUAAAAGCCUCCAAGGAAAGAGAGUCCACCACCUCCCAAGGGAGAAUGUCCCACUGCUGAACAACUCUUACUGCCAGAAAGCUCUUCCUGAUGUCUAGUCAGAAUCUCCUUCCUUGUAAGUUCAGUCCAUUGGUUCAGGUCUUCCCUUUUGUAGCAGGAGAAAUCAAGCUUGCUCCUUAUUAUUAUUAUUAUUAUUAUUAUUAUUAUUAAUACCCCGUCCAUCUGGCUGAGUUUCCCCAGCCACUCUGGGCAGCUUCAUGUGACACCCCUUUAGGUUUUUCAAGGGUGCCUAUCCUAUCUCCUCUCCCCCUCCUCUUUCCCAGGAUAAACAUACCCAUUUCCCUCAACCGUUCCUCAUCAGGCUUGGUUUCCAGACUCUUGAUCACCUUGGUUGCCCUCCUCUGCACACCUUCCAGCUUGACUGGAUCCUUUUUAAAUUGUGGCACACAGAGCUGGACACAGUAUUUGUUGAUAUUUUCAGCCCCCUCCCAUUGCGAGAAUCUCCUGAUCUGAUGUUUUGAGAAAGGAGGGGGCAGAAACUGCUCUUCUACUCUUCCACUCCUGACUGCCUGCCUGACUCUGUGUGUGGAGAGAGUCUUAUCUACCAGAUUUUUCGCUCUAUAGGACGCACCCGACCAUAGGACGCACCUUGUUUUAGAGGGGGAGAACAAGAAAAAAAAAAUCUUCCCCUUCCAUUUCUCCUCCCGCUUGCCUGAAGGGGCGCUGCGCAGCUCUCCCUCUCUGCUGAAGCCAGGAGAGUCUUGCUCUCCCGGCUUCAGCAAAAGGAACCCAAAGCCUCCGGAGCGCGGAGGGAGCGCUCCCUCUGCGCUUCGGAGGCUUCACUUUGCUAUCGCUGAAGCCAAGGAGCCUGCAUUUGCUCGAUAGGAUGCACACACAUUUCCCCUUAAUUUUUGGAGGGGGAAAAGUGCGUCCUAUAGAGCGAAAAAUACGGUAUGUAGUGACUAGAUGGCUGAGUGGGAGAUGUAACACUCAUGCAAGACAGUAGUUCGUUAGUUUGUAGUAGCUAUUAGAAAUAAAAGAAGUUAUGCUUCACAGCUAGCUUCCAUGUUAUUUAUACUCUGCUGAGUCUGGUGCUCACAAUGCACAGUUGUGAGUCCAGGGCACUGAGACCUGCUUUCCAGGAUUGGAAGGUCUCUGAAAGUGCUCCAGUCGCCUAGCCCAGUCGGGGCAGAACCAGUUAUUGAGCCCAGUUGCUGACAGUACUGGGUGUACUGACAGUAUCCCAGGUGUGCAUAUGGUGGGGUGGAACGCAGGGAGCCCAGCCAGUAGGUGGAGCCAAUGACAGACAGACAGAGCUACCUAAUUUCUGUUCUGUCCCCAUCCUCUCCUCUGCUGAGUCCUACAGGGACAACCUCGAGACUAAGCUGACAUUCAGAACCACUCUCUAGAGCGGAAGUGAGGUUGGUGGGGCAGUGCCCCCACCUGCCCCAACAGAGCAGCCUCCACUGCCCAUUGCAAGGAACCCAUUAGAUGCAGAUGUUACAGUGACUGACAAAACAGAAACCUUGCCUUCUGACAAGAAAACAGUGAGGCUUCCUCAUUCAUCAGUUGCUCUGAUAAAAACUGAUGCUGUUUCCGAAGAGCUCUGAGGAAGGGAGGCUCAGAAAGGCUUUGUUCUCUGAAUUAGAGCAAUGCUGGGUUGAGCCCUUGCGAUGUCCGUGUGCUCAGUGUGUACAACCAGAAUUUCUCUGUCUCUGCUAAAUCUGACAGGCUGUGGUUCUCAGAAUUAAAGUGUUUGGCAACAGGCUGCUCCAUUAGUUAUGUAUGUAUGAAUGUGCAAUUGAUGAUGAUGAUGAUAAUAAUAAUUUUUAUUAUUUAUACCCCACCCAUCUGGCUAGGUUUCCCCAGUCACUCUGGGAGGCUUCCAACAAAAUAUUAAAAUUUCAAUAAAACAUCAGACAUUAAAAAAAUUCCUAAAGUCUUCAGAUGUAUUCUAAGUCAGAUAGUUGUUUAUUUCCUUGACAUCUGAUGGGAGGGCGUUCCACAGGGCGGGCGCCACUGCUGAGAAGGCCCUCUGCCUCGUUCCCUGUAAGCUCGCUUCUUGCAGUGAGGGAACUGGCAGAAGGCCCUCGGAGGAGGACCUUGGUGUCCGGGCUGCAUUUAUUUAUUAAAUUUAUGUACCACCCUUCAUUUGCAUAUCAGAGGGCGGUUUCCAUCUGUCGCCCUGCAACCUGGGAUGCCGUCUUUUCCAUCUCCCACAGGUCCGAAAUGCGAUUUGGACCCCUGUUCCCUUCCUGGCCCCCGUUGCUACCAUGGGGGAACCUGCCAGGCUCAGCCCGAAGGAUUUUCUUGCAUCUGCCCACCCGGGUACGUUGGCGAGAGGUGCCAGGGGGUGGUGGACGCCUGCUUCUCUCAGCCGUGCCACCGGCCUGGUGCCCAUCGCUGCCACUCCAAUGAAGAUGGCUUCCGAUGUUUGUGCCUAUCAGGAUAUACAGGUAAGUGUUUGCUGUUAUGAACGCAGCUUAACUAGUUCAUUUUUUUUUGUCUGUUUAAUGUGUGUACAUGAUGAACUUUUUUAAACAAUAAUUUUUAUUUGAUUUUACAAGUGUAGAGUUAUAACAGUACAAAAUACAUAUCCAUAUUUAGAGAUUUCUCCGAAUCUCUAGAGUUCCCACCUUCCCAUCCACAGGUCCUAUUAUAAAUCUUUUCAACUGCAUAUUAUUUCACCAUCCAAAUGUUAUGUCUCUCCAUUUUGUCCAUAAUAAUUUCUACAUUACAAGUGUUAUUGCAAUCCUGCUAAUGUUUUCGAUCUGCUUACCGUGGUCUCUCAAGUAAAUUAUAAAUAUUUCCCAUUAUUUAUUGAAGUUUUGGUCUUCUUGGUUCCUGAGCUUUCUGGUCAGUUUUGCUAUUUCGGCAUAUUCCAACAGCUUAGUUUGCCAUUCCUCUCUGGUAGUGACUUUGUCUUCUUUCCAUCUCUGGGCUAGUAACAUCUGUGCAGCUGUCAUUGCAUACAUGAAAAGUAUUUUCUGCUCUUUUGGGAUCUUGGUACCUACAAUUCCUAAUAAAAAGGAUUCUGGGUUUUUUAAAUAAAAGUUAUUUUAAACAUUUUUUUCAAUUCAUUAUAUAUCAUUUCCCAGAAUGCUUUUAUUAUCUUACACAUCCAUCACAUAUGGUAAAAGGUGCCUUCUUUUUCUUUACAUUUCCAACAGAUAUUUGUACUUGUCUUAUACAUUUUUGCUAACUUAAAGUAAAGGUAAAGGUACCCCUGACCGUUAGGUCCAGUCGCGGGCGACUCUGGGGUUGCGCGCUCAUCUCGCUCUAUAGGCCAAGGGAGCUGGUGUUUGUCCGCAGACAGCUUCCGGGUAAUGUGGCCAGCAUGACUAAGGCGCUUCUGGCGAAACCAGAGCAGCGCACGGAAACGCCGUUUACCUUCCUGCCAGAGCAGUACCUAUUUAUUUACUUGCACUUGACGUGCUUUCAAACUGCUAGGUGGGCAGGAGCUGGGACCGAACAACAGGAGCUCACCCCAUCACAGGGAUUCGAACUGCCAACCUUCUGAUUGGCAAACCCUAGGCUCUGUGGUUUAGACCUCAGCGCCACCCGCAUCCCGUUUGCUAACUUACGAGGAGUCAAAUACCACUGGUACAUCAUUUCCAUAUACUUUUCUUUCAGCGUACAUGCUGAGAAUUUCAAGUCAGUUUUCCAUAACCUUUCCCAGCCUAAAAGUUGGAUAAAGGUAAAGGUAAAGGGACGCCUGAGCAUUAGGUCCAGUCACGGACGACUCUAGGGUUGCGGCACUCAUCUCGCUUUACUGGCCGAGGGAGCUGGCGUACAGCUUCCAGGUCAUGUGGCCAGCAGGACUAAGCUGCUUCUGGCGAACCAGAGCAGCGCACAGAAACACCGUUUACCUUCCCGCCAGAACGGUACCUAUUGAUCUACUUGCACUUUGACGUGCUUUCGAACUGCUAGGUUGGCAGGAGCUGGGACCGAGCAACGGGAGCUCACCCUGUCGCAGGGAUUCGAACCACUGACCUUCUGAUCAGCAAGCUCUAGGCUCUGUGGUUUAACCCACAGAUAUUAUGCCCCAAAUCCCUCGCCCAGUGUAUUGUUACAGAUUUAACAUAUUCAUCCUUUGUACAUGAGGAAUUUAUCUACUCUAGCUUUAUCACUCCUCUUAUGACUGCUCCUAGUGGUGCUGCAAUGAAACUGCUAGUACAUCCGAGAAGUUAAGCAGGGUCUAAUGUGGUUUCAAAUUGGAUGGGGGUGCCACAUGUUGAGAUUCCUGCAUUGGGGGAGAUGCAGAGGGGGAAAUCAUUAUACAGUGGUGCCUUGCAAGACGAAAUUAAUCCGUUCCGCAGUCUCUUCGUCUAGCGGUUUUUUCGUCUUGCGAAGCAACCCUAUUAGCGGCUUAGCGGAUUAGCGCUAUUAGCGGUUUAGCGGUUUAGCAGCUAUUAAAGGCUUAGCGGCUUAGCGGCUAAAAGGCUAUUAGCGGCUUAGCAGCUUAGAAAAGGGGGGGGAGCGAAAAAAAUCGCAAGACUCGCAAUACUUUUUCGUCUAGCGAAGCAAGCCCAUAGGGAAAUUCGUCUUGCGAAGCGCAUCGAAAAAUGGAAAACCCUUUCAUCUAGCGGGUUUUUCGUCUUGCGAGGCAUUCGUCUUGUGGGGCACCACUGUAUUAAGAUCCACAUUGGGGGAAGAAGGUGUCAGAGGAUUGAUUUAUUGCUCAGAUAAGCGUCCGGCACGCUUCCAUCGCAGGCCUCUGCAUUCCAAAGUCCGACACAACUGAGCAUAGCAGAGAUCGUCAGCGGUAAGAGAAAGACUGCAAAAACUCCAGUGCAUUCUUCAGUGUGCUUAAAUAAAGUCCACUCAGGAUCUUAGCAGCUAAAAGCAGUUUUAUUUACAGCAGACUAUCCAUUAUCUAUCACAGCGAACAGCAUCGCGAAAACACGUCCUCUCUCCUCAAAAGCGAAAGUAGAGAGACAGAGAAUGCAAAGGGAGCUCUGCAUGUUGAGAGCAAGCGUGGACGCUAUGCUGUUGCCCCACCUGGAGGGCGUUGAGUCGGCUCAGGCCGCCUGGCAGGUGCUGAGGAGUCUGUGUGAGAACUCAGCAGGAGCCCAGGGCCGGGAGAAAGCCGAGAGGAAGCCGAGAGCCCAGAGUCAAAGGGGGUUAUAUGUUUAUGUUUUUAAUUCAUUUGUUUAUGUAAAAUAGAAAAUGCAAAUAAAUAAAGGAAAAAACAUUUUUAAGCCACCCCUCUAAAAACAUCAGAUAAAUCAAAAAUGUGAUUUAAAAAAAAUAUUGUUUUCAUUUUUUCCACAACUCAAGGAAGAGUAAGGAUCUGAGGUGGAUUGCAUACGGAAAGAAAAUUUCAGUAAUAACAAAAUAAAACACUCAUAUAUUCUUUUCCCCCUCCACAGGUAUUCUUUGUGAAUCUUUGAUUGACAGUUGUCAGUCAAAUCCCUGCCUCAACGGGGGAAGCUGCAGCGUGGUGCCGGGUAACCCUCUUGAAUUCACCUGCCACUGUCCACAGGUAUGAAUGGGGCUGAGGAUUCGCAGCCAGUCUGUGGGGGGAGGAGGGUUGUUCAAAUUCUAAAGUGGGUGUGUCUCAGGUAGGGAUGGAGGCAGGGAUUCAAUUCAGUUUAUAAAGUGAUCGUUAGUCAAAACUGCAUACAAAAAAAAAGUAGGAAAAAAUCUGGUCCAAAUGCAGAUGAAUUUUCAGGAGAAUUUUUUAAAAAUGUGGAGAACUGGCUUUCAGAUUUGGAAAAAUGAGAAUCUUGGAGAAGCAAAAUGGGCAGAUUUCUGACAUCUCCAAUACCAGGUCUUAAGCAUGCACAUAAAUCCUAGCCUCUAACCUAAAAAAUAAAUAAAUCUCAAAUUAUGGCAGCUCAUAACUGUUGCUGGAUCCUGCAGCCACAGCACCCUGCCUUAUGGCAGAUGAGGCAAUCUGUUCAGCGCAACAACACUUCCCCAAGAGGGCAUGUUGUUGUUGUUGUUGUGUGACUGGCACUCGUCAUGUAUGCAUAGUCUCCAUUAUGUCACUGCUAUCAAAAUGCAGGCCGCGUUCCUUCCCCACCCACUCCGUCAAAAAAAGAAAAUGUAAAAAAUCUAGACUUACCCUUUUCCGAUGCUCAACACGCCUAUUGACCAGGGGUCAGCAACCUUUUUCAGCCGUGGGUCGGUCCACUGUCUCUCAGACCAUGUGGUGGGCCAGACUAUAUUGGGGGAGGAGGGAAUGAGCGAAUUCCUAUGCCCCACAAAUAACCCAGAGAUGCAUUUUAAAUAAAAGCACACAUUCUCCUCAUGUAAAACCACCAGGCAGGCCCCACAAAUAACCAAAUAACCCAGAGAUACAUUUUAAAUAAAAGCACACAUUCUACUCAUGUAAAAACACACUGAUUCCUGAACCGUCCAUUGGCUGGAUUGAGAAGGCAAUUGGGCCGCAUCCAGCCCACGGGCCUUAGGUUGCCUACCCCUGCUAUUGACAGUAACCCAUUUGUGAUAUCUGAAUAAUCCAUUGGACCAGACCAAUUUCCCAUUCCUUCCAGUUCCUGUUCUCAGUGGCCAACCAGAGACCCACAAGCAGGAACUAAGUGUCAGAGCCCUCUUUCCUCCUGUAGUUUCCAGCUUACAAAAAAAAGAUUAAAGCAAUAACAUUAUCAUUUAAAAAAACAACAACCUGAACAACUAUUUAAAACAUUUUUUAAAAAAAUCAGCAACAACAAGCUGCAAUCUGAUUAACAAAUGUCAGCAUCUUACAUAUCUGGAUAGAAAUCCCUUCGCAGAAAUUCCAAAGUGCAGUUGCUGCUGCAACAGUAAAAGAUCUAAUUUUAGGGCAGUUCCUUAUAUCAAAAGAGUUAUACCAAUCCAGUUUUUGGUGGACUUUCAGCUGCUUUCAUGUUUUAUGGGGCUGUAAGCCGCUUUGAGACAUCUUUUUUCCUAUCAAGCAAUGAAUUAAAUAUUAGUAAUAAUAGCUUGCAUCCAAUUAAGCUAUUGUUCAGGGUAGUCUCAUUUGAAAUCAAUGGACCUAAGUUUGGGAAGUGCAUUCAUUUCAACAGAUCUACUCUUAAAAGGGCCAGGAUAGGAUAGUGCCUAAUAAUAGCAACAGCGAUAGUUAGUACUAUUUUUCUAGAGAAAGAGGUUGCAGAACUCGCCAUGAGCAUUUUGCUUAUUCUCUUAUAAUUAGCAAGACAACAACAAGCAAACCUAUGGUCACGUAAAGCAUACUCAAUAAACACACGAGACGUAACCAGCUGUGUUCUUAGAUAAAUAAGGUAUAUUAUUCAUGUAUCAAAUCAUAAAUUUCAACAGAAGUAACUCAUAAAGUUCAACAAACGAACAAAGCAGAAGACCCAGUGGAUCAGAUCAUUCUCUAGUCUGUUCAUACAUAAGGUCCAUCUGUGUAAUAGUGUCUAUUCCACCUGUCUGUUCAUAAGGUCCAAACAAUCCACAUGAAAGGUUGUUACAGUUCCACAGAAUCCUUUCACAGAGUCUAAGACAAGGAUUUCCGGAAUAUUGGCCUCGUUUUGCCAUUCUGGGCUUCAUCAGUAGUUAAAGCUCUAAGUAAUACAAAUAGAUACAAUAUCGUGAUCUCAUACAUUUUACAGCAAAAAUAAUAUAAAACCAUAAAUAACUGUACAUACCAUAUGUGAUGUUACAGGACGGUGGAUCUUAUGGCAUAGUAGUAGCUGUGGUAAGUAGCAAUUGUUACAAAGCAGGGUUAUAUGGACAAGCACAAUAUGAUUAUGAUUUGAUACAUGAAUAAUAUACCUUAUUUAUCUAAGAACACAGCCGGUUACGUCUUGUGUGUUUAUUGAUUAUUCUCUUAUAACGGCAAUGGCGCCCACCUGAGAGGUGCCGGAACUGCGUUCCAGCUGAAAAAAAGCCUUGCAGUGCUAAUUAUUUCUAAAUGCACCAUCUUGUUUCAAAACUCAAAUAAAAGUAGACUGUGGAAGACUUUUGUUUUUUUUAAUGACCUUUACUUCCCCACUCAUCACUACCUAGGGUUAUGAAGGAACCACCUGUGAGCUGCAAGCCCCUCCUUGUGGAUCGCUCCACUGCCACAAUGGGGGAGUUUGCAUAGCCCACCCGUCCGGACUCCGGUGCCUGUGUGUGGAAGGGUUCUCUGGACAUGACUGCCACCUCCCCCCCUGCUCCUUGGGUUCCUGCCCCACCACCAAAGCCACCACGAGUUCCGAGUGCCGGCUGGUGGCAGGAGACCAGCGCUGUGACCGGGCCUGCAGCUCCCCCGAGACCAACUGGGAUGGUGGCGACUGUUCCCUGGGGGUGCUUGAUCCUUGGAGGUCCUGCCCAAAGCAGGAGAUGUGCCAGGCGGCUUUCCGGGAUGGGGAUUGUGAGCGCCGCUGCCGUAGCGAGGACUGCCUGUAUGACGGAUUUGACUGUGCCCCGUGGAAGCCUUGCAAGUGGGUCAUUGCCAGGGGGUGUGGCGAAUGGGGGGGUCUGUGGGGUGGGGAGCGGGGUCUAGCAUUGGCCGAGUAGGACAGAGGCGGCCAACCUCUUAGGGCCAAUGGACUUGUUUGCAGGCUGGAGAAACUGCUGUGGGCACCAGUGGAGGCUGGCAUCUUACUUACUAGUGGUUCCAUGGGGUGGCACUGGCUGGCGGAUUUGCCUUCCACCUGAGUCUCAGCAGGGAUGAGGAUGGGGGCAAAUGACAGGAGCGAGCCAGCAGUAAAUCACACUGUGCAAGUUGAAGUUAACUCUUUAUUAGCAAAAAUGGGAUCUGCACAGGGGUGUCAAGCCUAAUGAGCACAGCAACCCAUCUUCAGCAGGUGUGAGCCAGUGUGGUGUAGUGGUUAAGAGCUGUAGUCUUGUAAUCUGGGGAACCGGGUUCGCUUCCCCGCUCCUCCACAUGCAGCUGCUGGGUGACCUUGGACUAGUCACACUUCUUUGAAGUCUCUCAGCCCCACUCACCUCACAGAGUGUUUGUUGUGGGGGAGGAAGGGAAAGGAGGAUGUUAGCCGCUUUGAGACUCCUUCGGGUAGUGAUAAAGCAGGAUAUCAAAUCCAAACUCCUCCUCCUAAUCCUCCUCCUCUUCUUCUUCUUCUUCUUCUUCUUCUUCUUCUUCUUCUUCUUCUUCUUCUUGCCCCCAUGAAGCAGUUGCUGAGACCGAAGGUCCCCCGCUCCCUCACCACAGCUGCCCUCCUCUCCAGGGUUUCCCCCAAGCAAUCUGAGACUGUGCCUGCACGAAGCUAACGUCUCCUCUGCCCCUUUCAUACCUCUCUGGGUUCUGCGGUUUCCAGCGACUUGGCUUUCAGAAGCAUUGCUGCUUCUGUCAGUGGAAGGGAGAGCAUCUCCAGCUAGUGCGGAAACCCUAGAGAGUCACUCCCUGUCAGUAUAGACAAUACUGUGCUAGAUGUAGCGAUGGUUUGACUUGGUUUAAGGCAGCUUCCUGUGUCCCUGUGCACUUAGCAUGUGGUGUGUGUGCCUCAAGGCACAUAUAGAAAUGGAUCUGAGGGUGGCAGAGUGCCAAUUUCUCUCUCCUGGCAAAACAGAGCCAGAGACUUCCUUGCCUGUUCUUAAAAAUCUAAGAAGGACCCGGCUGGACGAAACCAAAGGCCCAUCUGGUCCAGCGUCCUGUUUAUCACAGUGGCGACCCAGGUGCCUCUUGGGAAGCCCACGAGCCGGACGUAGAGACAAUAUGGAGCUGGUUUCCCUGCCGUUUGUUUAACAAAAGUGCCCACCAAGAUGCUUCCUUCAUGGGAAAAACUGAAAUAGGCAAGUGUUCUUCUCUUGCUUGUCCUCAGCAAUUUAUAUUCAGAGGUAGACUUCCCUUGAACCUGGGGGUUCUAUUUUGAAAGUUCAUGAGGUUCUGUUUUUUAAAAAAAAUCCACAAAAUGUAGAAAACUGAGGGAUUGGCAGAUCUUCCCAUCCCUAUUGAGGUUUAGUGGUAUAGGUGAAAAAAUGUUUUAUGCACUCACUUUCCUCACGCCAUUCACCAAACGACAAACUUUUCCUCCUCAGCCCUUUCUAUGAGCAAUAUUGUCGGGACCACUCCUCGGAUGGGCACUGCGACAGAGGAUGCAAUGAGGCCUCAUGUGGCUGGGAUGGGGGAGAUUGUCGGUCUCAUCCUGGCCCACUCGGGAACUCCGCCUUGGGCCUGGCUGUCCUGCUUCCCCGCAAGGACCUUCCCCAUUUCCUGUAUUCCCUGGCGGUCGCUGUGCGGACGGUGCUGCAAGUUCAGCAAGAUUCCCAGGGCAGGGAGAGGAUUUACCCCUACACAGGAAAGGAGCUGCUUGGGAGCAGGAGCAACUGGACGGAGGUUCAACCUGAGACUUGGGAGGAGACUGUUGGGUAAGAGAGAGCCUCCCUUUCUCUCUGUAUUGUACCAGUCAUUCCACACCAUGCCAGACCUCGUCUUCCUGAUUUCUAAUUAUUCCUGUAAGUUUUUGCCAUCUCAGCAUAGUUCAUCAAUUUUGUCUGCCACUCUUCUUUGGUCAGAGUUGUACCAUCUUUCCAUUUCUGGGCUAACAGAAUCUGCACACCCGUGGUCGUGAUCAUAAAUCGUUUCAGGAUCUCUGGUCCUUUGAUACCUAAAAGAAAAGCUUCUGGUUUCUUUGGGAAAGUUAUUUUCAAUUGUUUUCCUUCAGUUCAUUAUCUAUCAUUUUCCUCGUCUUUCAAGGCACAUGUCUGUCCUUUAAUGCUUUGUGUUUCUAAGCAUGUUUUUUUCCUCCUUGAGCUUUCCCUACAAAAACCCACUCUUUGAAGCUGAAUCGGAGCAAUCGUCAAUUAGAGUUUUCUAUGGAUGGAUGUUUGUUCUGAUUCAGCUCCAAAGCACAACUUUUUGUGGGGGAAACCCCAGGGCAAAAAACAGGACGCUUGGAUGCAGAGCUUUAAAUCGCGGGGCGUGCCUGGAAAGAGCAGAGGAAAGGCAAGUGUGUACCUCACAGAGCUGCAGUUUUGAGGUCCUUGGGAAGAAGGGUUGCUCAACUAUUUCGUAUUUAUUUUACUUUGCAUUUAUUUAUUAUUGGCUUUCUUGUCAUUUGUUGCAGAUUUACCAUCUUCUUGGCCGUGGAUGGGAGCCAGUGCUCAGGGCAGUGCUUCACAUCCCCCCAAAGUGUCCUCAAUUUCUUGGCAGCCUUAUCAGCCAAAGGAAGCCUCGAGUCCCUGGUGCCAUACCCAGUGGUAGCUGCCUGGGUCGAGUCUGCGGGAAAUGGUAGGUAGCAGACACGCUAGGCCCAAAUUCCUGAGAGUUUCAAGCAGCGGUUCUCAACCUGUGGCUCCCCAGAUGCUGUUGGACUACAACUCCCAUCAUCCCUGAGCUCUGGCCUUGCUAGGUAGGGGUGAUGGGAGUUGUAGUUCAACAACAUCUGGGGACCCACAGGUCGAGAAAGGCUGGAAGGGAAAAGAGAAGGUUAGAACAGAGUGGAGUUUCACUUCAUACUUUUCCUUCAUGGAGAUAAAUAUGGGAUACACGGUUCCCCUCCUGCCUGUUUUCAUCCUCACACGAACCCUGUGAGGUAGGCCAGGCCGAGGGACAAUGCCUGACCCCAGAUCGCACAUUGAGUUUCUCUUUUUAUUUUUCUCUUUUUGUUUGCAUCUCACCAUGUUUGGUGUGCAUAUAGUUAUGUAUUUUUGAACUUUCAAUAAAGAUGUCACCAAAAAGAAAAAACAAAGUUCUUCCUAACGUUUAGAGUGUAUGAUCCUGUUUUAAGUCUGUUAUGUGGAUGGGACUUCAUUCUUUUUUCUUUUUAAAGGCAAAGCAAGCUGGGAAUCUGGAAAUUAUGGCAUAUUGGGGGUAGGGAAGAGGCCCCCUUGCCCCCUACCCAAAGGAUAGCCACAAAAACUCCAGUUCUAUUUUGCAGAAAAAGUUAGCCAAGGGGGGAGUUUGAUUCAGAACGUGCUCCCACUCCAGAUCAGGGCCCUCACGCCAUUUUCUGCUGGAAACCCCACCUCUGGCCUGCUAUUUCUCCCCCCCCCCCACCACCACCAAUUGCUCUUUACAGCACCGUUCAGGGCAAAUACCAAUGGAUCGUUACCAGAUAAUUCUUGCCAAACUACAAUUCCCAUAAUUAUUUAGAAGGAAGCCGUGCUUAGGAAACUGGUAUGGAACUGAUAUAAAUCAGUAGCGCAGAUGGGAUUUGGUGAGGGGGGGGCUCCUGUUUCACAUUCUCUCUCCUCCCCACCACCAGAUCCCCAGGCCUCUGUUUCCCAUUUUUCGGGGCCUCUCAUAUACGGCGUUGGUGCUGCCGUUGUGGUCAUAGCGCUGGCCGUCUUCCUCGGAGUCUGGAGGAUCCGCCAGCCCCAGAGGCGCGAACACGGCUCCCUCUGGUUCCCCCCUGGGUUUGCUCCACACCAGGCCAAGAAGCGACGGUGCCGCCGGGACCCGGUGGGAGAGGACGCCAUUGGGCUCAAGUGAGUAUGAAAGGCGUGGCUUGCGGCAGCCUUGGCUUGGCACCAAACAAUGAGGAUGACUUGGGUAUUCAGUCCACUUACAGUGGUACCUCGGGUUAAGAACUUACCGUAUUUUUCGCUCUAUAAGAUGCACCAGACCACAAGACGCACCUAGUUUUUGGAGGAGGAAAACAAGAAAAAAAAUAUCUAUUCUUAACCUGAAACUGUUCUUAACCUGAGACACCACUUUAGCUAAUGGGGCCUCCUGCUGCUGCCGCGCCACCGCUGCACGAUUUCUGUUCUCAUCCUGAAGCAAAGUUCUUAACCCGAGGUACUAUUUCUGGGUUAGUGGAGUCUGUAACUUGAAGUGUCUGUAACCUGAAGUGUCUGUAACCCGAGAUACCACUGUAUUUGCUUCAGUGGCGGCUGGUUGCCAUUGGGUGGAAAGCAGGGAGGCUGAGAGGUGGUUGAGCCAAAGGCAAAGACAGACAGAGCAUCCUGAUUUGCUUAAGGGCCGAUUAUAUUUGCUCAAGGGGCAAUUAGACAAUGCUGCAACAAGCCAUUUCCGCCCCCCCCCCCACACACACCUCAUUUUCCAGUGCAUUAUCCUUUUUGGGCAGAGGCAGAUUUAGGAAGCACAACUGCUUCUGUCACACUGGGCGCAGAGCCUCGGGGCGCCAUAACCAUGAUGUAGAAUGAAACAUGAGAGGCUGUGGGGAGGCCACUGCUAAUAUUUGAGACCCCCAAAGUCUGCCAAUGUUUUGGGGAAAGAGGGCUUGUUGCAUAAGACCUCUCAAUCGACUCUCAUUACGCCGCCUGAAUUUGCUAGUAUGUGACAUUGAAUGCUGCCUGCAAAAUAGUGUUACAUGUCCACAUGCCCCCCAAUCUGUGAGCGGCGCACAAUUCCAGGGGUUCCAGGCGCUUCCCCAGGGUAUGUGUUUCCUUUCGGAAAAUGAGACACAGCAGAGACUGAUGUCUUUAUGAUAGAUGGUUUGUUUCCAGAGACAGUUGAACGUUUUGGCUCCUGAAUGCCGCAAACCUGGAAGUGAGUGUUCCAGUUUGCGAACAUUCUUUGGAACCCGAACAUCCUCCACGGCUUCCGAUUGGCUGCAGGAGCUUCCUGCGGCCAAUCAGAAGCUCCGCCUUGGUUUCCAAAUGUUUUGGAAGUCGAACAGACUUCCGGAACAGAUUCCAUUCGACUUCCGAGGUACCACUGAAUAUGAAACCUGCGCUUGCGAUGGAGGGGUGCGCUGCACUGACAUCCCAAAAGGGUCUUGCUCCUCCCAUUGCCGCAGCUGUGGAGCCAAACAGAAAUCAAAUAUUGUUCUCAAACAUUGUUCUAACUCUCCAGUCUGCUGCUUUACCUCACUUUAGGUCGCAUCACUUCUCUCCAAUUCUUUUUUGCCUUUUUUCUCCUUCUCCCUAUCUGUGAGUUGAGGGAGGGCAUUUGCUGUCUCUUACAGAUCCCUUUCCUUUGUCCUCUUUACACCUCACCAGGGAGCUAGACAGGCUAUUUCAAAAAUUAGAAGCCUUCAUUUGAUUUUAGCACUUGCUGGAACCCGGGGAUUAACGCCGCAAACUCAUAACAACAGCAGCAGCAGCAGCCUGGGAUCUCUCCUUAUUCCUCUCCAUUUCUUUCCCCCUCUCUCCACAAUGCAGGCCAAUGAAGCCGAGUGCUGAAUUUGUAGAUGACCCUGACAUGUGCUCCAGCCCCCACUUUGAUGGACCGCUGAACUGUGCAGAUAUGGAGGUAUUUGGUCCGGAUGGGGAGGCAGUGCUGCUGCUAGGAUUUGGAUGGCAGAGUGUAUGUCCAGAGCCCUACAGGCAAGGCCAGGGCCAUCGUAACAACUUUAAAAAAUAAAUCAAUAUAUCACAGAGAACCAAUGUGGUGUAGUGGUUAAGAGCGGUAGACUCGUAAUCUGGUGAACCGGGUUUGCGUCUCCGCUCCUCCACAUGCAGCUGCUGGGUGACCUUGGGCCAGUCACACUUCUCUGGAGUCUCUCAGCCCCACUCACCUCACAGAGUGUUUGUUGUGGGGGAGGAAGGGAAAGGAGGUUGUUAGCCGCUUUGAGACUCCUUCGGGUAGUGAUAAAGCGGGACAUCAAAUCCAAACUCUUCUUCUUCUUCAAGUGUGGCACCAUAGUUGGGCCACAGAGAAAGUGGUGGGGACAAAUAUGUCCCCUUUUACUUUAUUUCCCCCCACGAAGGAACAGAGAAGGGUCACAUUUGUUCCCAUCAGACUGCCAGGUAAGCAGGGAGGAUGGGUGGCAGGCAGGGUGCAGAGGGGAGACAUUCACAGUCGCAGCAGUGCCCAUGUUGUUGAUCCCGUUCCACUAGCAGGGACAGAGCAAACUUUUUAUAGCCUCUUUGGUACAGGGUGAUGCAGAUGCCGUCUCGAUCCCAGACCGAGGCCAGUCUAGGCCAAAGAAGCAGGUGCAGUUCAGCACACCGACCUCAAGCCAGGAGAAGGACCCCAAGCCGAAGGCCGUCAAGACUCAAAAGCCAGGUACAGAGGGAAGCAGGCCUUCAAGGGAAGCCGUCAACAAGGCAGGAAGUCCUGCCCCUGGACUGGAUGGAAUAAGGAGAGAUACUGCCCAUAGGGCUGGUCUGAACCAGGGGGGAGGGCAAGAUAAAUAUAAUAUUAUAUCAUAAUGAAUUACAUAAUAAUAAUACUAGGAAAGAUUGCCUUGCAAACCCGUGUAUAUUUGCCAAAAUUGCACACAUAAAUGUGUAUGAUGGGAGAAAUUUGCACUAAAAGGCUAACAAAUUUUUAUGAGGGGGCUUUUCUUCUUUAAAAAAAUUGACUUAAUAGAAAUAUUGUUUAACAGAAAAUGGAGAAGACAUGGACUGAAUGUCUUUAAAAAAUUCUUUUUUUAAUGUAACCGGCAGAUAGAAAACAAGAAGCCUUUUUAAUUUUCCUCUAAUGCUUCUUUUCCUUUCCUCGUUCUUUUCUCUCUCUCUAUUUCCUUUCUUCUUCUUGUUUUGCUAUCUUAUUGAGAUUUUUAAAAAGAGAAAUCUUACCAGGCAGCCCUGUUCAGGGAAGUUUUUAAUAUUUAACUCUGUAUUGUUUUUAAUACUUGAUUGGGAGCCACCCAGAGUGGCUGGGGAAACUCAGCCAGAUGGGCGGGGUAUAAAUAAUAAUAAUAAUAAUAAUAAUAAUAAUAAUUAUUAUUAUUAUUAUUAUUAUUAUUACCAAUAAACCCCAAAAUAGAUAAAUAAUAACACUGACAAACUGAUGAGGGAAUCUGGGGAACGGAACCCAAGACUGGGAAAAAGAGAGGCAGAGGGAAACCAAAAUGGCUGUCCGUCCCUAGUUACAAGUCUGACCUUCAUGAAAUGCCCUUUUUUUAUCCCUCCAGUUUGUGGCCUGACCCCCAUGAUGCCCUUGGCCCAUUCUCCUGGAUUGGACCUGGAGGGAUCCUGGGCAGAGGGGCAGAAGGGAAGCCCUGGAGAGACGCCCCUUCACUUGGCAGCUCGAUUCUCCCGUGCUGAUGCCGCCCGCAGGCUCCUGGCCUCCGGCGCCGACGUCAACGCCCGUGACCAGUGGGGACGGAGCCCCUUGCACAGCGCCAUCGCUGCCGAUGCGCUGGGUGUAUUCCAGGUGACUAAAAUAAAAUCGAGGUGCAGGGGUAGAAUGACUUCACACUCCCAGAAGGCCUUUUCCAUACAAACAAGACUCUUUGAACACAGAGGGCAAGGUUAUCAUACUGGUCACAAUGUCCAUGUUCUCUCCCAGUGUGGUGUAGUGGGUUAAGAGCAGUGGACUCAUAAUCUGGUGAACCGGGUUCGAUUCCCUGCUCCUCCACAUGCAGCUGCUGGGUGACCUUGGGCUAGUCACACUUCUUUGUAGUCUCUCAGCCCCACUCACCUCACAGAGUGUUUGUUGUGGGGGAGGAAGGGAAAGGAGAUUGUUAGCCGCUUUUAGACUCCUUCGGGUAGUGAUAAAGCGGGAUAUCAAAUCCAAAUCCAAUCUCUUCUUCUCUCUCCACUGUCAGAGGCAAUAUAUGCCUCUGAAGAGCACUCGCUGGGAAUCGCAAUUGGGGAGGUGGGUGCACUUGGGUCCUUCUCUCGGGCUUCUUGGGGGCGCAUCUGGUUGGCCACUGGGAGAACAGAAUGCCAGACUGGGUGGGUGUCAUUGGACGCAGAGGAACGGUGGGAGGAACCAGCUGGGGAACCCCCAAAGGAAGAAGGCUGAGAGCCCAGGGAAUGGUGGUGGGACAACAAUGAGUGGUCAGAGGGAGAAGACUGGGAGGAGGAGGUGUGGGAAGCUGAGGAGGUAACAGGGCUUGGUGAGCAGGGAGACUCUGUAGCAGAGAGAAGUCCAUAAUUAGAAGAAGGAGAGGAGAGAGGUCAAGAGGCAGAGAUGAGUCAUAGGUUGUCUCCCCAUCCUGUUGCGACAAACUCCCCUUCCCUCUGGUCUCCCAGGACCAAGAGAGGCAUGAAAAGAGCAGAGGAGAGGUUGGCUGCAUGCAGGCGCAAUCUCUGAUUGCUUGGGGAAAACCCUGGAGAGGAGUGACCUUUUAGGAGGUGUCAGAAGCUGAAGAGGUAACAGGGCUUGGUGAGCAGGGAGAGUCUGUGGCAGAGAGAAGUCCAGAAUCAGAAGGUAAAGAGGAGGGAGGCCAAGAGCCAGAGACGAGUACAUAGAAUCAUAGAAUUGUAGAGUUGGAAGGCACCCCAAGGGACAUCAAGUCCAACUCCCUGGGAUGCAGGAAUCAGGAGUCCAGCUGGUCAAGAGUCACGGGUGUCUCCACCUCCUGCUGCGACAGAACCAGGAGAGGCAAGAAAAGAGUGGAGGAGAAGUUACCUUCGAGCAGGCGUAGUCUCCAAUUGCUUUUGGAGGAAACCCUGAAGAGGAGGGGGCUUUGGCAGCUGUGGGAAGGCGGGGCCUUUCAGUCUCAGCAGCUGAUUCGUGGGUUAAGACCUAACAGGGAUGAGUUGCUUUGCUCAUUCAGCCCGACACUCCUGUGACAAUCCUGGUUUUUGCUGAGAAACUGAAAUAUACUCCGAGUUGAGAGUGGAUUUCAUGCUCUUUAUUCAGCUCAUAGUGGCGAGGAGGAAUGAAUGUUCCCCCAAAAUAUCUGCUUUAUAUACAUCAUUUACACAACGGGCUGCACGUGAUUGGCUAAUUCCGGGAUUCUCCUGUAGGCCAAUCAGGUUGUGGAUUCACUUCCACCUGGAGCUGGAUUGGGUGGCUCCUGCAGACCAAUCAUACUGCUGCAUUGUUCUAGGACCAACCAGACUGCUGCAUUCUGAAUCCUAUUGUUCUAGGACCAAUCAGACUGCUGCAUUUUGGCUUCUAUUCAACUGAGUACAUAACAGAAACAAUUAACUCCAACUUGCUCCGUGUGAUUUGCUGCUGGCUCCCUCCUGCCCGUGGGCGACAUCUCAAUGAGACUGUGGCAAGAGCAUAAGAAGAGCUCUGCUGGAUGAGGCCAGCGGCCCACUGGCGGGAGUGAGCCAGCAGCGAAUUUUUUAAAAAGGGAACAUUUUCUCCACAGAUCCUUCUGCGUCACCGGCAUACGGACUUGGACGCAUCAGCGCACGACGGCACCACCCCUCUCAUGCUUGCCACACGGCUUGGAGUUGAAAACAUGGUGGAGGAGCUGGUCGCCAAUCACGCCGACAUCAGGGCUGUGGAUAAAAGAGGUGAGGGCAUUGCUUGUCCGUGUGCUGAACCCAAAGUGCCUGCCAUUGCCAGAAGGCCUGCAAAUGCCAUCAUGGUAGUCAAGAUAACACCAAAACUAAUAGUUAGUUGUAGGACUGAGCUUAUAUGUGUCUGUGCAUUCACUCGCUUUGAUGUAUGCUAAUUGGUCGCAUUGAUGCUGUGCUUAUCUGUGGAGAGACUUUGGGCAGUUGCCACCUAUGGCCUCACCAGCCGGGUAUGAUGGGAAGUUCUGGGUAAACAUAUAUGCUUUUGUUGUUGUUGUUGUUUAGUCAUGUUCGAAUCUUCGUGACCCCAUGGACCAGAGCACGCCAGGCACUCCUGUCUUCCACUGCCUCCCGCAGUUUGGUCAAACUCAUGUUGGUAGCUUCGAGAACACUGCCCAACCAUCUCGUCCUCUGUCGUCCCCUUCUCCUUGUGCCCUCCAUCUUUCCCAACAUCAGGGUCUUUUCCAGGGAGUCUCCUCUUCUCAUGAGGUGGCCAAAGUAUUGGAGCCUCAGCUUCAGGAUCUGUCCUUCCAGUGAGCACUCAGGGCUGAUUUCCUUCAGAAUGGAUAGGUUUGAUCUUCUUGCAGUCCGUGGGACUCUCAAGAGUCUCCUCCAGCACCAGAAUUCAAAAGCAUCCAUUCUUUGGCGAUCAGCCUUCUUUAUGGUCCUGCUCUCACUUCCAUGCAUCACUACUGGGAAAACCAUAGCUUUAACUAUGUGGAUUUUGCUUUGUGCAUAAAGGAUGCAGAAUUGUUUGCUUGGGUGCAGACAAGCCACCUCCUUCCUGCGGCAUCCGUCCCGCAUCUGGGGGACCUGGCAGGCUGAUUUGCUGUAAGUUAGGGUUGCCAUAUUUCAAAAAGCGAAAAUCUGGACACAAAAGUUUUUAGUUUUUCCCAGACUUGUUGAACUUUUCCUUGCUAAAUCUCAAAAAAAAAAAAAGGAAGUUUUCCAGAUAUUUUUAAGGAAAUACGCCAAAAUCUACACUUCCGACACGGGUUGCCAUACAUCUGGAUUUUCCCGGACAUUUCAGCAGUUUCCGUCUGGGCACUGUUUCCCACUGCCGUGUUCCAGCUAUGCCCAGGAAAUUCCAGAUGUAUGGCAACCCUACAUAAGUCUACACCAGGGAGCAUCUCCAAGGAGGUUUGGUUUGGCUGAUUGAUGGUGACUUGGCCAAGAUCACCCAGAGAGCCUCAUGGAUUUCGAUUCAUUAAAUCCCUGUAUUCUCUGUCCUACAGGAAAAACGGCCCUCCACUGGGCUGCGGCGGUCAAUAAUGUCCGUGCCACCCUUGUCCUGCUCAGAAAUGGAGCUGAUAAGGACAGCCAGGAUAAUCGGGUAGGUAAGGUAUUUCUGCUCACGCUGUCUGAAAACAGACACAUCAGAGGUGGAGGGGAAACUGUAGGGGUCUGCUAACAAGCCUCAGCACCUUUAACAAACUGCAUUUCCCAGCAUUCCUUGAGGGAAACCGUGGCUGUUUUAUAAGCGUGCUUUAAAGAGAUUUGUGCAGAUGCGACUUUUAUCUAUUUUGCUCCCUCCCACCAGGCACAGACCCCGUUGUUUGUGGCUGCCCAAGAGGGAAGCUACAAAGUGGCCUGCCUUCUUCUCCAGCACGGAGCCAAGCAGAGCAUCCGGGACCACGUGGGCCGCCUCCCGAAGGACGUGGCCCUCGAGCGCCUCCACCACGACAUCCUGGCCCUCUUGGACUGCCCCCGCCCCUCCCAGCAGCUCUCGCCACACAGGCCACGCCCCCAGCCCCAACGGUCUGCCGGCAGCCCACGCAGGUUAAAGUGGCAACCUGGCAACCAGCGGCUAACUCCGGUCCCAGAGACCAAGGGCCCUUUUAAGGACCUCCCCGCUCCUACGCUACCGAUUGGCCAAUCAGAAAAUGCUGUGGGGCCACCCGACGAGUGA